CUUCUCUCCAGCCCCGCGCGUGCUGGCAUCCUACUAACUCUGAAGCUCAUUCAUCAUGUCCGCCCAAGAUCUCCCCAUCAAUGAACAGACUGACCCACAGAGGCCCUGGGUCCCGGCCGUGGGAACGUCAUGGCAGAUUGUGCUCAACUCAUCGCUCGAUAUCGACCCGAGACAUCCGUCCGUCACUCCCGACGUAGAGGUCUUCAACAUCGACCUCUUCGACAACUCGGCCCAGACUAUCGCUGCACUGCACAGCCUGAACAAAAAGGUCAUCUGCUACUUUAGCGCGGGAACGUUCGAGGAAUGGCGUCCUGAUGCCAGCGAGUUCGCCAAGUCGGAUCUCGGCAAGGCCAUGGACGACUGGCCGGGCGAGAAGUGGCUGGACCUGAGGAGCGAGAACGUCCGUAGCAUCAUGGCCAGGAGAAUCAAGCUCGCGGCGGAAAAGGGCUGCGACGGCAUCGAUCCAGACAAUGUGGACGGUUAUUCCAAUAACAACGGCGUUGGCCUGAAGAAAGCCGACUCGAUUGAUUUCAUCAAGUUCUUGUCACGCGAGGCGCGCAAGUAUGGACUCAGUAUCGGACUCAAGAACGCAGGCGAGAUCAUCCCCGACGUCAUCGACGUUGUCGACUUCCAGGUCAACGAAGAGUGUGUCAAGUACAACGAGGGUGAGACGUUUGGGGCUUUCAUCAAUGCUGGCAAGGCCGUCUUCCACAUCGAAUAUCCCCGUGGCGCCCCGGGUUCCGUGAGCGCAAAGUCGAGGGGGAAGAUUUCUGGCGCCAAGGGGACGGAGGGGUUCAGCACCCUGCUGAAGACGAUGGAUCUGGAUGGGUGGGUGCAGUUCUGUGACGGGCAGCAGUUCACGACGAAGACAGAUUCCUCAUAGGAGAUAUCUUGAGGAUUAAACUGGGGGUGCAUUAGUUGUGAGAAGCCAUCUUGCGAGUUUGUUCCCUAUCUUUACCCAUAAAGAUUUCACAUUUUGUCCUUAUGCGCGGCUUGCAAUGCGUAUAAAACAUACAAGGUCAACGGACCAUCGAACCGUUGAGGUUUACAAUUUAGCAGUUGAAGGGAUGCUAUUGUAUAGAUCCAUGACAAAG